AUGAGUCCGUGCUCGAUGGCGAACCUAAUGCACAUAAGAAAGUUGAAAGAAGAGUUGGUCCUAGCACGGGCCGAACGAGAUCAGGCUUUGAACGAGAAGAUCAUUCUGGAAGAAAAGUCGAGGCAAGUAUUGGGCAUAAAGCAGGAAUUGGCUGCCGUGCAGGUUAAGUUCAACGAGUUCGAGGAGCAACUUAAGGGUUAUGCCAACCUAUACAUAUCGAAGGAGGACCUGCACAAGUGGUGUGUUGCCUUCAUAUACAGGAUGAUGUCGACAGGUGGGAUGGCAGCAGCCAUCGAGGAGGUGAACCUGAUUGCAACUAAAUGUGGCGCACACCGAGUUGCUCUGGCGGGCCUUAAGAGGCUUAGAGAUGACAGACCUAUCAAGGCCAAAUGGUUCAAACAACUCCUGAUUCCGGAGCCAAAGAAAACCAUGCACGAGGCAAUGGUGAAGGGCCCAAGUGAAGAGGAGUCCAUCCUUGAUGUGCCAGAUGAAUAUACGGGGAUCGAGCUCGAAGAUGCUGAUGAUGAAGCUAUUGAUGAGGAUGUAGCUGACAUUGGCCAUUCCGAGGUGCAGAAAAAGGCUGAGGAGACGUCUCAAUCCAUGGAUAUGCCGCUUGAUCGAGAUGCUGAUGGUUGGUCUGUUCAUCGUGUUCACCUCAUGGUGUUAUCAGAAGAACAGGCAAAAGAAUUCCCCCCAUACUCCAUGAUUAGUGGUAUCAUGAGGGGUCGUGCAGACAUUCACAGCGUCAAGACAGUAAAAAAGUUGGAGGUUGACCUCCUCGACAUGAUGCGCACACACAAUAGGGAAAAUACACAGCUGAGACAAGGUCAAAAGAUCGCCGUAUCGCAAUGGUUUCUAGAGAAACACCACGUGUUGGCUCGAGUACAGCACAUGAUAUCCAUAAGAACUCGUAGCUUCAUUGCAGCAAUGGAAAUGUUGAAGGAGAGAGUUCAGGAGGUCGAGCUUCUCCUGGGAUAUAUCAACGACCUGCAGAACUUACUAUUAGACCACCAGAUUGACUUCCCAAUCUUCGAGAAGCCUGAAGCAGUUGCCGAUCCUCGAACCCGGAGUUCUCGAGAAGAACUGCUCAUGAAGGUACAUGCCCAAGAUGAAGAGAUUGUGGAUCUCAAGGAUAAACUGAACCAAUGUGUAAAUCUCCUUAGUCAGCAUGGGUUUAAAGGAUUAUUCGUCCUUCUCCUGAUAAUCCUAUCAGGGAAGUCUUGUAAUAGUGUAGAAGAAUAUGUAUAUUUUCUACGUCCUCGCACAGUUGUGUGA